AUGGCCGCCACCAAGGUGACAGCAGCGGCGACAGAGCUGGCGGCCGCCCGCGAGCACGGGCUGGCCGUGACCCGCGACUUCCACAGCAACCCCCGGCUGACCUACAGGACCGUGUGCGGUGUCAACGGGCCACUGGUGGUGCUGGACAACGUCAAGUUCGCCCAGUACGCCGAGAUCGUGAACUUCACGCUGCCCAACGGCACCACCCGCAGCGGGCAGGUGCUGGAGGUGAUGGGCGCCAAGGCCGUGGUCCAGGUGUUUGAGGGCACGUCGGGCAUCGAUGCCAAGGCGACAACCUGCGAGUUCACGGGGGACAUCCUGCGCACGCCGGUGUCCGAGGACAUGCUGGGCCGGGUGUUCAACGGCUCCGCCAAACCCAUCGACAGCGGCCCCCCGGUGAUGGCCGAGGACUUCCUGGACAUCAACGGCCAGCCCAUCAACCCCCAUGGGCGCAUCUAUCCCGAGGAGAUGAUCCAGACCGGGAUCUCCCCCAUCGACGUCAUGAACAGCAUCGCCCGCGGCCAGAAAAUUCCCAUCUUCUCGGCCGCCGGGCUGCCCCACAACGAGAUCGCGGCGCAGAUCUGCCGCCAGGCCGGGCUGGUGAAGAAAUCCAAGGACGUGGUGGACUUCCACGAGGACAACUUCGCCAUCGUCUUCGCGGCCAUGGGGGUGAACAUGGAGACGGCGCGGUUCUUCAAGUCGGACUUCGAGCAGAACGGCUCCAUGGAGAACGUGUGCCUCUUCCUCAACCUGGCCAACGACCCCACGAUCGAGAGGAUCAUCACGCCGCGGCUGGCGCUGACCACGGCCGAGUUCCUGGCGUACCAGUGCGAGAAGCACGUGCUGGUCAUCCUGACCGACAUGAGCUCCUACGCCGAGGCCCUGCGCGAGGUGUCGGCGGCCAGGGAGGAGGUGCCGGGCCGCCGCGGCUUCCCCGGCUACAUGUACACGGACCUGGCCACCAUCUACGAGCGCGCCGGGCGCGUGGAGGGCAGGAACGGCUCCAUCACCCAGAUCCCCAUCCUCACCAUGCCCAACGACGACAUCACCCACCCCAUCCCCGACCUGACGGGGUUCAUCACCGAGGGCCAGAUCUACGUGGACCGGCAGCUCCACAACCGCCAGAUUUACCCCCCCAUCAACGUUCUGCCGUCCCUGUCCCGGCUGAUGAAAUCGGCCAUCGGAGAGGGAAUGACCAGGAAGGACCACGGGGACGUGUCCAACCAGCUGUACGCCUGCUACGCCAUCGGGAAGGACGUGCAGGCCAUGAAGGCCGUGGUGGGCGAGGAGGCCCUGUCCGCCGACGACCUCCUCUACCUGGAGUUCCUGCACAAGUUCGAGAAGCACUUCAUCUCCCAGGGGCCCUACGAGAACCGGAGCGUUUUCGAGUCGCUGGACAUCGGCUGGCAGCUCCUGCGCAUCUUCCCCAAGCAGCUCCUCAAGCGCAUCCCCGAAAACGUCCUGGCCGAGUUCUACCCCCGCGAGGCCAAGGCGCCCGCGCAGGGCACGGCCCUGUGACCCCGAAUCCCAACAAA